AGCUAAAUUAAUGAAAGAGAUGAUUCAUUCUAUAAAGCACCAAACUUUUUAAUUUUAUUAAUUUCUUAUAGAAAGAAAAAAAUCAUAUCUUUCCAAAGUUUCUUUUUUAUUAUUAUUACAAUAACUUAUUAUUAUGUAAGAGAUUUUUGGUAAAAAAUUUGUCACAUGAAAUCUGUACGUCUCUGAAUCCUUCUCUUCUUCUCUUCCUCAUCCAUUGCUUAUGUGCUUCUUCUUCUUCUUCGUCUUUCUCUACGUAUUCUGAGAAAAGUUUUCUUUUUUUAAUUUCUGUUGUAAUAAUCGAAACAGACUGAAACCUACAGAAUCGUGCAGAGGAGAGGACACCACCACCACCAUACCCACAAAUUGAAACUACCAAAAGUUUUUUUUUUAAAAUUUGAUUUCAAUUGAAACUUUUGAGGCCUAUUUGAUUCUCUUGGGGUAUUUGCAGAUCGUUGUGCUUUUGGUUUGGGAUUUUGAUGCAUUGCAUUAGCUGGACGGAUCGGGAUUGACCCACUUAAGGUUUUCAUCUCAAGAUUGGAAAUUUUCAACUUUGGCAUUGGAUUUAAGCUAUAGUUGGAGCCUGAGCGAAGCCUGAAGCUAGAUAGCUGGCUGGCCUCCUAUGAUAGUAAUGGUCUCGUCAGUACCCUUGUAACUUUAGAUCUAUUUACUGGAAAGUCUUUGUGUUCUAGUCAAAGGUAUGAAUCCAAUGCAAGGGCCACGGAGUAAUGGUGGUUCAUCUACUGAAGUGAACCAGGCAGAUGGUGAAUCGAUUUACUGCACAGAGACCAAUUUGAAUAACAUUCUGAAUCCAGCAGACACUGGAUUUCCAAACAACAGUAAUCCUUCAGGACGACCAACUUAUGCAAGUUCGAUUUCUCAUGCUGCUCAAGAACAUAAUUGGUGGAGGUUGGGGGAAUCCAGUUCCAUAUCUGGACCCUCUAAUCAGGUCAAUUCCAUUGGAAUGAAGUCAAAUCACCAGCUGCCUCAAGAUGUUUCUCAUCGCUUUAUUGGCUAUGGAUCUGAGGGAAGGCAAUUAGGUUUGAAUAGUAUGAUGGUACAUGGAGAGGUUCAUGCUGGCAGUCACAUCAGAAAUGGGCCUUCUUUCUUGCGCGGUUCAAGCUCUAAUCCUAUGACACAGCAUGUAGAUAUGAGUAUGGACAUGGAUAGCGAUAAUUGUAUUGCGCAGUCUUCUGGGGUAGUUAACCGUCAUAAUAGCUAUGGAAGUUCAUUAGGAAGCUCAAUCCAGGCUGCUGGUGAGAGUAGCAGUGGUCCUGCUUCUUCAUUUGGUGGUUGGGGUUCAUCCUGCAAAAGAAAAGCUCUUGAAGGAUCCCCUAGUCAUUCUUUUUCUGGUGAAACUCCUAACCGCAUUGUUCAGAGUGAAAAUAGCGCUUCGCAUAGAGGUCUUGCUCAGUAUGGUGCUUCAAGUAGCUUAAGUUUGGCUACACCCUCACAAAGUUCUCCAAGUGUUACUAAUCAUUUUGGCCGGACAGAACAAAUGUUUGGAUCUGGUGGUGGAAGAGCUGUUGCAGCCAGUGCUUUUCAUUCUACAAGAAACACUGACACCUUAUCUAGAGCUGGUAGACGAUCAAAUCCCAGGCAGCCUCAGGAGUCCAUAGCAUUCAGCAUAUCACAUGCUGGAACUUCUGUGCCUCCCACUGGUUCUUUGCAACAGAAUUUACCAUUAAACGCUCCUUUUGUAGAUCCUAUAGAUGUGAGAUCAACACCAAUUACUAGUGGAAGCACUGGUGAGAAUCAGACAAAUAUAGUCCACCUCCCUGCUUUGACCAGAAAUAUACACCAAUUUGCUUGGGAUGCUUCUUUCAGUUCCAGAGCUAGCAGUUCCUCGGGUAUUGGGAUGCCUGCAGAACGAGUAGAACCACAGUGGGAAACAUCGAGAAGCAACCCUGAGCAGCCCUUGUUUGCACCUGCAACUGACAUGAGAAAUCCAGAGCAUGAUCUUUGGAGUUUCACACGUGGAUACCCUGGUUCAUCUAUAGAUCCUCCAUUUGUUCCUCGAGCAGGACCGAGUUCAGAUAUUCAUGUGCCACAGCCUAGUCCCUCAUGGAUUCCUCCUCAGAGUGCCUCACUAAAUAUUCCAUCGAGAACAUCAGAACUUUCUCCUUGGUCUUUAUUUCCUAGUAUUGAAUCUCAAUCUGCUAGUCAUGGUGCCUCUCUUCCGUUAUUACCCGCAGGCCCUUCUGUUCCGUCAAAUGAGGUGACAGUGCCAUCGAGUUCUAGUAGCCGGAGCCAUCGCUCACGGCAAAGAAGAUCAGGGAUGUUAUUGGAGAGACAAAAUGAACUUCUCCACCGUCACAUAGGGAGGAGUUUAGCUGCUGACAGUAACGGAAGAAAUCAAAUCAUUUCCGAGAUACGUCAGGUGUUGCACGCCAUGAGAAGAGGGGAGAAUUUACGUGUUGAGGAUUACAUGGUGUUAGAUCCACUUAUCUACCAGGGUAUGACUGACCUGCAUGAUAGGCAUCGGGAAAUGCGGCUUGAUGUUGACAACAUGUCGUAUGAGGAGCUAUUGGCUCUUGGGGAACGCAUAGGAGAUGUGAGCACUGGGCUAAGUGAAGAGGUCAUUUUGAAAGCAAUGAAACAGCACAAACAUACGUCUUCUUCUGCUGAAUUGCAUCAAGACAUCAUAGAGCCUUGCUGUAUUUGUCAGGAAGAGUAUGUCGAAGGUGAUAAUCUUGGAACCUUGAAAUGUGGCCAUGAGUUCCACAAGGACUGUAUCAAGCAAUGGGUCAUGAUCAAGAAUCUCUGCCCCAUUUGUAAGACUGAGGCGUUAAAGACGCCAUAGUAUGUAUGGAUGUCUCCAUCUCCAUCAAGAAUCUCUGCCCCAUUCAUCACCAUUGCUACACCAAAAAAAAAAAAAAAAAAAGAGAUCUUAAAGUUCUGUUAUAUCCGUAUAUCUCACAUGAGAAUUAAUUGCUAUGCUUAACUCAAACUGUUCAAAGAACAUUAUGACAAUUUCAUAAAUAUCCAUGGAGAAUAGAAUAUCCCCAUUUUUACUA